AUGUCUUUCUUCAGUCUUGAUCUUGCCCAGAAGGGCCUUUCCCUCUACACUGUUCCGGCAGCCUUUGUGAUGGCGAUGUUGCCCAACAUUUACGCCGUCGCCUCAUCAGGAACGCACUACGACCUCUGCAACCCACGCAAGCUCCAGAACAACGUCGCCGCCGACGACAAGCUGGACAAGAUUGCAAAGGCCCGUAUCCUCCGCGCCAAGGCCGCGUCCGAAAACGCCUUUGAGUCGCUGGGGUUCUAUGCAGCCGGCGUCGUGGCCGCCAACGUGGCCGGCGUCGAUGCCCUCACCGUCAACGUCCUGGCCCUGGGCUACGUUGGCUGCCGAGCGUUGUACAACAUCGUUUAUGUGCGCCUGCAGGAUAACCGCAACUUCGGCCCAUUGCGAAGUAUUGUGUGGGCGGCCAGCGUUGGUAUCGUCUUCACACUGUACAUCAAGGCGGCUGCGCAACUGGCGUCUUCCUAG